AUGGAGCAACGGGAGCCACCUCAGGUUCUUCACGAGAGAAAAAAGGCUGGAUAUAAAUGUGAUAUAGUCAUCAUUGUCAUCCCAAAAAAUAAGAAGGCCUUCACUUGGUACCAGGUUAAAUUUUCAGGUAAACCAAAGAUGUGGUCGAUUCUAGUUCUCAUGUGCUUGCUUAAUGGCUCUCUGUUAAUCCACGGAGAAAUUCUCAGUGACCAUGUUGAUCCCGAAGCCACUCUGAAUGCUAAAGAGCUUAUCACAUACUGGAAAUAUCCCUGUGAAGUAUAUGACAUUGUGACAAAAGACAAGUAUAUUCUUACUAUAUUCAGAAUUCCCCAUGGCAGAUUCAACAGUACGCACACAGGUCCAAAGCCAGUAGUAUUUCUGCAGCAUGGCUUGCUCGUUAAUGCUGCUAACUGGUACCAAAAUUUUCCUCACAAUAGCCUGGCUUUCAUGCUAGCAGAUGCUGGCUUUGAUGUUUGGCUAGGAAACAGCCGAGGGAACAACUGGUCCAGAAGACAUCAGACUCUUUCACCCACAUCAACGAAGUUCUGGGAAUUCAGCUUUGAUCACAUGGCUAAAUAUGACCUUCCAGCAUGUGUAGAUUUUAUUCUGCAGAAAACUAAGCAGCAACAGCUGUAUUAUAUCGGCCACUCACAAGGAACCACCAUUGGCUUUAUCGCUUUUUCCACGAAUCCUCAACUGGCUGCAAAAAUCAAACUUUUCAUCGCCUUGGCUCCUGUUGCUACAGUUGGACAUGCCAAAACACCUCUAACAGCACUUGCAUUACUUUCAGAGAUAAAUAUUAAGAUCUUGUUUGGAAUGAAAGAAUUUUUGCCAAAAACAUAUUUUGGUUCUAUACUUUCUGCUCACUUCUGCAGCCAACAUGAGUUGGCUCCUAUUUGUAGCAACCUCCUGUUCAUACUGUGUGGAUUUAAUGAGGACAACCUAAAUAUGAGCCGAGUAGAUGUCUAUGCAGCUCAUGUCCCAGCUGGAACAUCAGUACAGAAUAUGAUCCACUGGAAACAGGGCAUCCAGAGUGGUAAGCUCAAAGCUUUUAAUUAUGGACUGUUCGGAAACCUAGUUCAUUACAAUCAGAUUCAGCCUCCUGAAUACAAUGUGAGCGACAUGAAUGUACCAAUUGCGAUCUGGAGUGGUGGAGAAGAUUGGCUUUCUGACCCUGAAGAUGUUGAAAUCUUAAUUCCCAAAUUAAAACAUCUCAAGUACGCCAAGUUCAUUCCUGAGUGGAAUCAUUUGGAUUUUGUGUAUGGUCUUGAUGCACGUAAUAAAAUGUAUAAUGACAUCAUUAAGAUGUUAAAAGGGAAUGUGUAAUGAUAUGUCACUUAGUAGAAGGAACU